AUGGCAUUAGGAGGUGAGACAGUGAAAGCUGGAAAUGGCGGGGGCACGAGCCCUGAAGCAGAAGCCAUCGAUUUCGCCCUUCUGAAGAGGUGCUCCCGCUCUUGAGUAAGGUGCUCUUCCAGUUGAUACUUUCACACGGAAGCACUCGGAUUUGGCAGAAAAACGAUUGGUAGUCAGAGAGAGAGAGAGAGAGAAAAGAAAAAUCUUGAGAAACAGAAAUGAGUCAAAAAGUGAACUCAUCAAACCUAGGCAAACCUAGGCACAAACCAAGUCUGUUUAAGGCGGCUGGUCGUUCUACGGUAGGUUAUGUACCUAAUAUAUAUAUUUUAUAUAUAUAUACUGAGUGAGCUUGAAAAAAAAAAUUCAAAAUUGCGUACCAUAAUUUUUCAUUUUCUCACUUUAGGAUUAAUCCCGAAUCGAUUUGAAUCAUUCAUUAAGAUAAACUUCAAUGAAUGACUCAAAUGAAACCCCAGAUGAAAUAGGAAAAAAUAUCCGCUUUAAACCCCUACUGAGGCGUUCAAGAAGCGUUGACAAACUUGAAUUCAAGUCAUGAAAGGUAUCGAGUCAAAUAACCGGCCUCGUGUUAUUUCGAAUCAUUUAAGACUUUUGUUCAUCCAACAACCUCAGUAAAGAUUUGUAUACAGAGAAAGAUUUUUCGACGAAAAGUAAUUUUUUUAUUCAAAUUAUCCUCAAAGAUAUUUUUGAAAAAAAUUAGGCAAAAAAAUGUGCCUUGUAGCGAUCGCGCUGCAAGGAAAUUUUUUGGUUACGGUGUCUUCAAAAACUUUCUAUUUUUCUACUCAAAAAAUUUCAAUUAAUUUUUUUCUAAGUUUUUUUUUCGAUAAAUUAUAUAGCGUGUUCAAUCGGAAAAAAAAGGGGAUCGUUAGGAGAGCAAAACAUGAGGUUGUGACCCAAAUAUACUCUCCCAAAUUGUAAUUUUUUUGAAUUCGAAUGAGUUCCGUUUAUUUUUCUAAUUUUGUCAUCAAUCUCCUCUUUCAACCAUCGGUGUGUAGAUUGUUCUUGAUCUGGGAAUCAAGCCAACUUCCCACCCCUCCCCUCCUUAAACACUGUAGAGUGUUUUUGCGCUCCACGGGCAACUUUAGUUUUUUUUUUUCAUUUUUUUGUUACAUUCAUUUCAUUUUUUUCAUUAUAGGUAUAUUUAUAAGAAAAUAUGCCAAAUGAGGAAGAGAGCACAUGCGACGGCUCUAUUUCGGACUUGAUAAAAAGGUUAUUCGCAAAUUUCUCUUUAAUUCUUAUUCCACUUGAAGUUCGUUUUUUCCAACAUCAAAUGUUCCUGGGACAAGUCCAGCGUCUAAUAUUAAAGAAUUCCUGGGAGAACUUUCUGCUGACCUUCGGAAUAUACUUCAAUUCGUGCGUAUUUUAUCUUUUUUUUUAAAUUCAUAUUUUGAAGGUAGAACAGCAAAAGGCGAGUGUUGAGGAGUUGGAAUCUAGUGAAAAUCCUCUGGAAAAUUUCCGAAAACGCUGGUUAGAUUUCAAGGCAAAAUCAGCCCUUUCUAAACCGUCCGGAAAGAAGUUUGAUUCUUGUAAAUCGUGUACAAAUUUCAGAGAACUGACUUUUCAGAGGCUCCGCCAGUGCAACCGCUAUAAUUUCCGAGUGGCCAUUGAAUCUCGAGUUUUUGGACGCGAAUACAAGUAGCAAAGUCAUAAUCGACGACUCCUCGGUUCAUUUUUUGCUUGUUUCAUUUUUUAUGGUAUAGUUCCCUUAGAAAUCCUUGCCCUGGUUUUUUUUUAUAUCAAAAGAGCAAAAGACUAGAAUUCAAAAAUAUUACAGAAAAUGGCUCUAGAGAAAGAUUCGAAAUGAAUUUUGAUCAAUUCAAUUAGAUGGAUGAGAAAAUACUCGUUUCUUUGAUUCUAAAAAAAUGCCAAUGGCUCAUUCAUCACUGAUUGAAAAAUAAAUAAAAUAAAACUUCACAAGAACAUGGUACUUUGAGCCUGAAACAACGCCACGAAAACCGCCACGGGCCAGAACGCCACUCUUCGAAUUUCUAAGACGUCAGGAUUGUUUUUCAAGUCCUUCUUCAUCUUCACCUUGUCCGGCUCAUUCUGAACUUCCUUCCAACGUGGGUAUUGUCAAAAUCACUAGGUUCAGUCAACUUUCAUUAAAAGGGCAACUAUCACCUCGAAAAAAAGUAGACUGGCGCGCAUUUUCCUCUCUCUUUCUCUCUCUAAAAAACCCUCUUUUCGAAUUUGAAUUUUGGCGGGUUUUCUAGUGGAAUUUUCGCUUAUUCAGAAUUUUCACACUCAUUGCUUCGAAAUAGGAUUUCGAUUCGUGUAAUAGAUUUGAACGGUCCUUUCUUCAAAGUUUCAAGACUUAAAAGGGCUUGUCUAACUUGAAAAUCUGAUUACAGGAGUUUUAUCAGUGUUCUAUCGUUCUAGCUUUAUCUAUCUUACUUUCAAAUUUUUUUAAAAUCAAACCUUCAAGUUCAAUUAUUGACGAGAAAUGUUAUCAGAACAAUUUUUUUCUCCAAAAAUUUCUGCUUACAUUUCAAAACUACCUUAGCUAGAGCCGAUCCAGCCGUUUAGAAGUCCGAUCAGAUAUGAUCAAAAAAAUUUUUUCAAAAUUACUUUUUAUUCAACUUUAAAGGUCUGCGUCUCUAACCUCGUGAAUCCCCCAUUUUGUCUGGGACUCUCUCGAAAAGCCAUACUAUUUUGUCUGAGAGACCCUCGUCGUCUGUAUUCUUUCGAGGUAUAGAGGCCCGCGACGUCAGCCGCGGCUCUCGAUACUUUUUAUACAAUUCUUUUUUUUUGAAGAUUACUCUUUUUAUCUUUUGCUGACCAUGCGUUAUACUAACCCUAUCAUUGAAUUUACUUCGUUUUCUUCAUCCCUUGUCCGAAGAAAAAGACGUUCUCAGCGGUGCUGGUGGACUCGCCUCCCUCUCCGAAGGCUGUUUGGCGACCUUUUCAUCGUCCUUUUAUCUCUGCACUCUCUCAAUUCUGCAUGAUCUCUAAGUCGUCUUCCCAUUCUGCGUCUUUAUGGUGUUGUUUUUUUUGGCUUUCCAUUCGUCUCGGACACGAACGCGGAUUCCAAUCUUAGUAAGAGUUGAGUUCCUUGUAAGUGAAGGUUUGGAUUUUUCAAGUUUUCAGAAGGUUUUAACAUUUUUCGAGCGAACCAUGUGCUCUAGUUUUUUCAUGUAAAGAAAUAUUCUAAAAAAACUUUUUUUGAACUCGGAAAUUUUUUCAAAAAUUAUGCUCUGAGACGUUUCUACUUUUUUGAAGUUUCCUUCAAUUUCGAUAUUUUGAGUUUUUUUUUCAGGUUGAAGUUUUAAUUGAUUCAACUGUGUUUCUAUAUUUUUUGCAACUGCUCUUCUUCGUCCGACUCAAAAACAUUCUAAUAAGCUCAUAUCGAUUUUUUUUUUCUUCUUCGCACUUCAUUAUGUUAAUUGUGCGACAGUGCGGAAACAGAUGCUCAUCAUUUUUAUCGAUUCUUUCUCAUCCCCUGCAGAUUUAGCGAGGACCUUGUGGCUUGUUUUUAGAACAAAAGUCUUUCUGGGGCUUGAAAAUCGCUUUUUUUCUGAAACUUUUUUUUGUCACUAUUUUAGUAAGGAAAAGGAAUUUUAAUUUCGAAAACUUGUUUGAAAAAUGGUUCGGGCGCUGAAUAAAGUCAAAUACUUUCUGUGAAAUUUUCAAAUGUAUUUACAUUAAUAUCCAUUUUAAAAACCAUUUCUUGAUUUGAAAAAAAAAUAAAUUUUCUCUGAAUUUUCUUAAGAAUCUUCUCGACCAAUCUACCCUAAUUAUUCUCAGACAAUCACACUUUUUUUAUGUCCGAAUUUCGAGAAGUAGGGCGAAACAUUGAACGCGCAGCUUUUUUUUUUACUUGGCGUUCCGAGACGUCUCACAGCUGCACAUUAUUGUUUCACUUUUUCUUCCGUGAAUUUUUUUUUUUUUUGGGGGCGUUUCGUGUCGCUAUUUGAGUGUUUUUGAGAAGCUUUUUUGUCUCAGAAAGUUAAAAAAAUUCGUAUAAAAAAAUAAUAAAAGCUAGAAGAACCAUAAAAAAAAACUUUUAAAACCUUGAAAUUGAGUGAUAAUUUAUUUUUUGACGUGUAAAGAGGCUCUUUCUUUGUUUAUCUGGUACUCGUUCCCCUUGUGAUUCAUGAUUCUUAUGUUACUCUCAGUUUCAUCAAUGUAUAACUAAACUAGAUUUUUCCAGGAAGAACUCACUGAAAAGUCCAAACCAACGGAAUCAGCGGGAAAUCGGGAAACUGUCGAAAUCGUCUUGAUGGACAGCGAUGAAGACGUGCCGAAGCGCCGACGCCGCGCUAAGGCCUCCAGCGAUUCUGAAACGAGCUCGUCCGUUUCUUUUGUUGUUAUUUCGGAAUUUCUUAGAACUUAGUAGUAGUAGUAGAACAACUAUAUUGUAAUAUCCUUACUAGGGAACGUUUCUUACUUCCGGCUGAACUUUCGAUGAAGCUUUGCUGAAUUGUACUUUUUGACCUCCAGAUUGCAGAACAAGAAAAAAAUUUCUCGUAAUACAUCUGGUUUUCGAGUAAUGGAGCUUCAAAUCCCGCAAAAUACGCAAAUUACGGCAAAAAAGCUUUAUUUCAAGCUUUCGAAGCAUCCUAACUUGAAAACCAGAUCUAUUGCGAAAAAAAUUUGUUUUUCUGAUGAAGAAAAGUUAUAACCGGCACUUUUCGGCUUAAAACAAAAAUUUUGAAACUCAAUCUGAGAAAGAGCCCAGUUUAUCAGUUUCAACGAUGAAAGAAUCAAAACAAAUCGAAUUAUUUCCAGAAUCGGAGUGAUCGAAGAUGAAGAUCUCCAACUGCAAGCCGAAAUUCAGGCGGCUAAAAAGGCCAAGAGGGCCGCGGCGAUGAAAGAGAAGAGAAAGGUUUUUUUUUUGAUUUCUGGUUUGGUCAUACAAGCUUUCUGUUAUGUUUGAAGGCGAGGAUAAAAUCCUGAGAAGGUCCUGCGUCUUUGAAUUCUCGUCCCAAGUUUUUGCAAAAAUAAUUCAUGAGCUUGGAGCAUAUUCCAGUCGAAAAAAUGGGCGGAAAAUGAAGACUGAUUUAUAUAUUUCCAGAAAGAAGGGAAAAGCGAGCCGAAGCGCAAAAGGCGUCGUGUCGGUGACGAAGAUGAAGAUGAAGAAGAAGAGGACGAAUUCUCGCCCAGAAAAACUAGAGCCUCCAGAAAAGGAGAAUCUUCGAAAAAGUUGGAUUUUACAUGGAGUUUGGAAGUCAAUUCGGUCAUUUUUCUCAGAAAACCAGCGGUUGUCAGCUUGGAUUCCGACGAUGAUGAUAGUUUUACAAUAAUUGAAAAGGUAUUUUUUGAGAGAAAAUACCAUCUAAAAUCCUGCUUUGAAUAAAUCUACCUGUAUCCUGAAAUUAUGGUUAAAAAAUAUAGAGAAUGGGUACGAAAAACGGUUUUUUUCUAUUUUCCAACUCAGUUUGAUAGGAUCUUCAAAUCUUGGAAGAUCUUAAAAAUGUAAUGUAAGUCGGCUUAACCAUUCCGGGACGUCAUUAGUAGUUUCGAUGUGGUCGAAUAAGAACAGAUUAUAUUAUUACAGUAAAUUAAAUGAGUAGUAAAUUGAAUACAAUCAAAUAAGAUCGAGGGAUUGCCGGGAGACUUUCUACACAGUCCGAAUAUUGUCCCUGCCUUUUAUAGACGGUCUUCCUCUGUGUAUCUGAUCUACUGCCAGACAUUACUACACAAAAAAACAUUAUUAUUUGACCUCAUCGAAAAAAUGCUUCCUUUCUAAGACUUCCAAUGUGUGAAGAGAAUGAUAAAGCCUUUUUUCGAAAAAAAUCUCAAUGCUUUCCUAGAAGCGCGCAAAGCGGAUUAAAAAGUCGCAUGCAGUCCUGGAAUCGGAUUCCGAAGAGGAGCAGCCCGGUCCGAGCAAGCGUGCUCCAACGAAAACGAGGUUCCCACCUGGAGAAAGUUGAAUGAAACUCAACUUUCCCAAUUUUAGAGCGACGAUUGAUUCGGACGAAGACGAUGAUGUGGUCGAAAUCAAUGGAGACGCUCAAUCGGACGAAGGCGAACUGAUUCUGGGAAACUCCAGUGAUGAGGAGGAGGAGGAAGAAUACGUGGCGAAGAAGAAGAAACGCGGUCCCAAGGUUGGUUUUUAAAUCAAAAAUUGGAAAAUUACAGCGGAGUUUGUUCUGAGAAGGCUCUAGUACUCGUUUAGAAACUUUGCUGACAAUUUUUCCGCAUAUUUUUUUCAAAUAAGUUUUUCAGAGUUUUUUUCAAGUAGGAGAUUUCUUUUUUGGAACAUUUUUUUGGAGGAAAAAUUUUUGAGUUUGCAAAUUUAAAAUCAAUUUUUUUAAUUUGUCAUAUGUCCCCCUUUUAACGGAAUUUCCCCGAGAAUUUCGAGAAACCUUUUGGAAAAAAAGUUUUCAGAAAUUUUUCAAGCUGAAAUUAAUGUCACAGGUACUGUACAACCUUCUUGACUUAUGGCACAAGGUUUCGACAGGCUCCGCCCAUUCUUACGGUUUCAGUUACGAAAAGACUGUGAAAAGCUAUUUUUACUAGUCGGAACCUGGUGCCACGAAUAAGAAGGCUGCAUAGUUUCUGUGACAUGAAUUUCGAAUCGAAAAAACGAUCUUGAAAAUUAUCCUAAGAACAUUUUUUUGAAAACCUUAGAGAAUCUGAGUUAACUUAUUGCAAAACUUUGAAAAUAUGAACAUCAAGCCAAAAACUUGGCUCCUUGGCCCAGUAGAUUCGCGUUCCUCCUCAAGUUUUCGACUCAACAAUCAUUACUAAAACUAAAAAGAUCCUCAACUGAUAAUUUCGCUCAUUUUCAGCCAAAAAAUCAUGAUUCGGACGAAGAGAAGACGAAAAAGAAGAAGAAGCUGAAGAGAGGAGAGAUCCUCGGCGAAGACGGUCUGACGAAAGAAACGCUCGACGCCGAGAAGGCCGAGAAGGACCGGAGGAAGAGACUGGAGCUGAAGCAGAAGGAGUUCAAUGGAAUACAGAUGGUGGAAGGAGACGACCUCACCGAGGCCUUGGUCGGCUCCACGUCCCAGAGAAAGCUCAAGGUUCGGACCAAAGUCCAUUGAUGAGAUGAGAUAUGAGGGAAAAUGCUCCAUUCUCUUGAUUUUCAGAGUAGGAAUCGAGAAAGUAGCUUUAUGAAUGCCUCCAAUGGUUCUUAGUCAGAAAGAAAGCUUGAGGUCCUGAUUACAGUUCAAACAUUGAGGACGGGAAAUCAAGAAUAAUUUUUAAAGCACGAGCAACGCUAGAAAAUGAUCUUUUUCCUCAAUUUUUUUUUAUGUAGAAAUCAAAAAAGAAACUUGAGGUCUCAUUUAAAGAACAUAUUGAUGAAAGAGAAUAAGACAAAAAUGCCUUUCAAUAACGAGCGCGUUAAAAAAAGGAUCCGUUUCCCUCACUUUUUAGAAUGAAUUUCGAAAAAAAGAAAUUUUUGUAAAUACCUAGAAUGGCUCCACGUCGAAGAGGAAGCUCAAGGCGCCUUAUCAUUUCAGGCAAAAAAAAGAGAAAAAAAUUUCAAUCGUUGGUGUUGAAAAUCAGUAACAAGAAGAUUUCACUUGACAGUUCUUCUUGGUCACAGAAAAUAAAGAAAGUUAGAUAAUGAGUAACUAAAAAUUCGAGUAACGCCAAAAUUAUUCAAUUUUUUUUUUUCGAUUUUUUCAGAGUAUAAUUUGGAAAAAGAAAGGUUUUAAUUACAUAUUUUUGAAAAAAAAAAACGGGAUUAAGUUUAUCAAGAGGUCGCGACACUGAAACCACUUCAGUGUCCACUAAUAGCUUUAUCAGUACUCUCAAUUCAAUUCAAUUCAAUCAAUUUAUUUUCGCAACAUCGGGAUGGUAUGGUGAUGUUGCAGGGAGGGAAAAAGAGCACUAGGUGGAUUAACUAACCCCACCCGUGAAGAAAAAAAAAGUUUUUUUGUGUAAGAAAAGGAACAUGGAAUUAUAAUAAGUAGAUAUUUAAAACCAAGUUGAUCCUGGCACAAAUCUGUGAACACUUGAAACACUCUAAAAUAAGAAAUAUGAAGUUUUAGAGCGUUGUGUUGGAUCCCGACAAGAGUGGAGAUCCGCCAGAGCCCGUCGAGAUUCAUCAGUCAAUUGUGAGUUCAUUUUUCUCAAAGAUAAAAUAAAACGGAUAAUUUUACAGGUUCGAGUUCUGAAGCCUCACCAGGCGCACGGAAUUCAGUUUAUGUAUGAUUGUGCCUUCGAAUCGACGGAUCGAUUGGAAAUGGAGGGCAGCGGCGGAAUCUUGGCUCAUUGUAUGGGUCUCGGGAAAACCUUGCAGGUGCUGAUAUCGGAAAAAAAAGAUAGAACUGCUAAAAAUGGCUGAAAAAUGUCGAGAUAGUCUUCCAACCUCGGCUUAAUAUGUUUGUGAACGAAAUUCAGCUCUCGAUUUCACUUGAGAUUUUUGACCAAAAGGUAAAAAAAAGCUACGCAGAAAAUUGAUCCUUCAGAAGAAGUGAAAAUAUAUUUCUUUAUCGUUCCUAGAUUUAUUUUUAUCGAAAGAGAACCUCGUAAAGUUUUGUGAAUUAUUAACGGAAAAUGGAAUUUCCCCUGGCUCUCCUGAGGUUCUUUUUUUGUCUCUCGUAGACUAUUUUAAAGCAAAACUUUGAAAUCGUUCAACUAAAAAAGGAAGAAAAAAAUUAAGCUUCUAAAGUAUUUAAAAGAAUAUUACUAGAUUUUAUUUAUUUGUGAAUUAUGACCUGAAAAAUGAGCUUAAAAUGACAGAAACUUUGGAUUAAAAAUUUAUUUCUUCAAGGUGAUUUCGUUUCUGCACACGGUCAUGAUGCACCCGAAAAUUGGCGAAAAAGCGAGACAUGUCCUGGUCGUCGUGCCGAAAAACGUGAUCAUCAACUGGUACAAGGAGUUCAAAAAGUGGCUGACUGAUAACGACGAGGACCUCGACACUAUCGAUGUGAUUAUUUCUUUUUUUUUUAGAAUUUUGUAAAAAUGACAUUCAAAAUUGAGAGAGAAGGGAUUUUAUAGCAUUCAAUCUUAAACCGCUAAGUUUUUGAAAGAAAGUCAAUGAUAUUCUAAAUAAUCGCUCCAGUUUUCUAAGUGGUUUGGUUUUUUGAAUUUCGCUCUGAAAAUCCUGAGAAAAACUCCAAUUUUCAAAAGAACAUGAAAAUUAGCAAUUUUCUCAAGUUUUCAACGAUCUUCGAGCAAGGUUGUCGUCAUUAUUUUGUACAGGAAUGUUUAAAGGGGCGAAAAAAAAUUUUUUCCGCAUUUUCAGGUCGUCGAGCUUGAUUCUGCAAAAACGAUUUAUGAUCGGCAUCAUGUUUUGGAAUCUUGGCACACUGCGAAAAGUUGGUCCAACAAUAAUUUUCUCAUUUCUAAAAGCGAAAAAUCCUUCAAACUGAGAUAUUUCAGCUCCUACAGUGCUGAUCAUCGGCUACGACAUGUUCCGGAUUCUGACGGCCGAGGGGAAAACGCCCAAAAAGGGAGUCAAGCCGAAGAAGGUUUUGUUGAAGGAUGAGAGGAAGAUAAUCAAUUGUUUGCAGCAAACAAGGAAGAACAAAAAGUUCGCCAAAUUCCAGGAGGGCUUCCGCAAAUUUUUGCAGAAUCCUGGUGGGUUUUUGAUAAGGAAAAGCUGGAAAAUUCCUGGCCAUAAACAAGGAUACUCUGAAUAUUCAAAGGGAUGUGUUUUAAUUCGUUCAAAAUGAGAAAAUGGGAAGGAAAGGUCACAAAAGCGUCGAAAAUCCUUUAUAAACAUUUGGAAUGAGUUUUUUUAGUUCAAAUUCGAAAACCUAUUAUGAGAUCAAAUUUUUUUUUCUGGAAUAUUGAAAUUUUGUUUUUUUUUUUUCUCUGUAAAGAAGAGCUCUAGAAUAAAAAUUAUAUAAUCUUGAUUUUAAAUUAUUUUUGAAUUGUCAUCGAUUGGAGAAACUUUUACUCCUGAAUUUUUUACAAAGUUAUUUCCAGGCCCAGAUUUGGUUGUGUGCGACGAGGCGCACAAGCUGAAAAACGACGAAUCGGCUCUGUCGAAGACGAUGGUCAAAAUUAGAACGAAACGGCGAAUUUGCCUCACGGGAACCCCUCUACAGAAUAACUUGAUGGAGUGUGAGUUUCGAAAAUUUUUCAAAAAAGAAAGAAUAAGCUGCUAGAAGAGAAUAUUCUUAUAGAAACUAGAGAAAAUCAACUUUCAAUUCCGAUCCAUCCAACCUUUGAUAUUGGUUAGAUCUUCUUAGGAAGCUUGAUAUAGUCCGUUUUUUGCGACUUAAAACGUUUCUCUGCUCCCUCCUCUUCUCUCUGCAAACUGACGUGCUAUUUUCAUAUUUCCCUGACCUCGCCGGUGAGGGAACAGAGAGACGCAGACACUCGAAAACUUCCGAGUCUCGGCAAACGGGCUGAAUGAAUGACAAGUUGAAGAAUUUCUGAUUUUUCAGACCACUGCAUGGUCAACUUUGUGAAGCCCGGCCUUCUCGGUACGAAAGCCGAGUUCGCGAAUCGUUUUGCGAAUAUCAUUGCAAAGUUUGUUUUUCUCAUUUUUGAAGUCUGAACAGAAAGGAGCAACAUCACUAAUAUCUACAUUAACAGGGGUCGAACCAAAGAUGCUCUGCCGGCCGAAGUCAAGUUCAUGAAACGCCGUUGUCACGUCCUCUUUGAGCACUUGAAAAGAUGUGUUGAUGUAAGUUUUAGGGAAAAAAUUGCGAGACGAAACAAAAACUUUGAAAAUUUCGAUCGGUAACUACCCGGAACCAAGCCGAAAAAAGUCUUUUUUCAAUUUAAAUUUCCUGCAUUGCUUAGCUUUCUAAUUAGUUCCAUUAGCAGGAUGCUAAAUAUUUUUCUUUGCUACCAGGUUAAAAAAACAUGUUUAACUUGGCCAACCAAAAAUGUUCCCCUAUUUUUCUCGUAUUUGUGUGUUUCAUUACCUUCUUCUUCUUUCUACGCCUUGGUACCGAUUGAGCGACGUCGGCGUCCCAAGUCGAUGAGCCGAGGUCCUAUCCUGAUAUUGAUAAUCAGUGGACUGAUUCUAGUGACAUAUCCGUCCUUGUGUGGGACGGCUGGGGAUUUUGAAGCCGUUGUUUCCCACUACCAAUAUUUCUUAAACCCCUUGGUUGGGUCGAGGCGGGGAUCGAACUUGUGACCCUGUGGACCGUAGACAGGCACACAAACUGUUGCGCUACGAAGCCCGUGUGUUUCAUUACCGAAAUCAAAUAUUCAAUAAAUUUACGGACAAAAAAAUUUUCCAGAGAAAAGACUACCGAGUGCUGACCGAAGCUAUCCCGCCCAAGCAAGAAUACGUGAUCAACGUCCGAUUGACGACAAAACAGUGCAAGCUUUACAGGUAAUACGGGAUAUAUGAUGCUUCUUCCAACUCAUUUUCCAUUUCCAGAGCCUUCUUGGAUCGCGUCGUCAACCAGGAGAACGGCCUGGGUCUAUCGAAGCGACUUCUGCCCGAUUAUCACAUGUUGUCUCGUAUCUGGACGCAUCCUUAUCAGUUGAUCAUCCAUGAGAUUCGGAUGGAUCGCGAGGUUUUAAAAAAAGCUAUUCAAAGGGGGAUGGGGGGUCAGAAAGAGAAGCUGUAUAGAAAAAAAGUUCUUCUAGUUGUUUUAACAAAAAUUACCAAAGGGAUUUUUUUAGAAAAAAAAAUUUUUUUCGAUUUCUCUUUAUCUCUUUACUGUCAAAAAACUCCAUUGAAAAAUUGAAGACAAAUUUUUUUUUUCUAAUGUUCAAAGAACAUCAGGUACAAGACCUCUCUUGUACCUGAUGUUCUACGAGCGAAUUUCACAACUUCUCUGCCUAAGCCACAGCUCCUGCCGUCGUUUAAACACAGUCAAAUCAAUGAAAGUCGAUUGCACAUGUAUUCUUACAUUGAAGAUGCAAUAAACAGUUUUUUAAACAAUGUUCAAAGCUCGACUUGAAGUCAAAAUGGAGAGAAAAACGCGUUUUUUUUUUCAACUACUACUGUCCCUAGUUACAUUGAAAACUUGCAGUCCCUAAAGAAUUCAAAAAGUUGGUUUCUCUCUAGAUCACGAGAAAAAGAGGCAACUUUAUAUAUUCUAAAGUUUACAGCAGAACGUACACAGAGGUAAUAUGUAUAAAAUGAACCAUUUUUCUGCAGCGAAUGAUGCGAGAUGAUCGCGAAGAGGAAGACAACUUCGUGGUGGAAUCCAGCGACGAAGAGGAGGAGGCCGAGGCUUCCGGCGAUUCUGGAGAAGAAUCCGAAGAUGAAGUCGUUCCGCUGUCCGUUUUUGAUUAAAUUAGAAGGAUGGUUGAAUCUUUACAAAAGAGUGUUGGGACUACAAUUAUCGAAGAACUGAAUCCAAGAAAUGCAUUUCUAGAUAAAGUCAAACGUAUUCCAUCCUGUUAUCCGAAACUAUCUCAAAAAAUAUUUUCUUUCUUUUUUUUUUUAAAUCUGGUAGAGCUUAGAAAAAAAGAAAUUAGACUUCACAAAAACACUUUAAAAUAUAUUAAUGAUCUUAUUUUCAAAAUCUUGAGCUACUCGAAGAGUUAUGAGUCCUUCGAAGUUUCGUAUAUUUGAGAAAAAAGGAUGAUCUUCAAAGAGUUUUGAAUCACUCAAAGGCAUUGGAUAUAGGGAUAUUGACAUUUUUAAAUUUUGCUUUUAAAUUGCUCGGAAAGUGUUGGAGAAGUGAAAAAAACAAUGACAACAAUCACUAAUAAUAAUUGAAAUUACAGCGGCGACGAUGAUGAAGAAGAAAUAUUGACGGGCGGCCGGCGUGGCACUCAAAGUACCGGGGAACGGAAAUCGAGGCGUUUGGGCGGCGAUGAGCCGGAAUUCCGUGACACUGACACUCCUCCCGAAUAUUCUGGAUGGUGGGAAAGAGCCCAGGAAAAGUUAUGUACCGUUCUUUUGGAGGUUCUCGCCGUUGAACCUUGUUUCGGAGGAUGAUGAGGACGACUAUACGUUGAGUAAUAAGCUUGUGCUGCUGGCAGCGAUCAUCAAGAAGUGCGAGGAGAUCGGCGACAAGUUGUAA